AAAAAAGGAAAAGUAUAAAAAAAAAAAAAAAGAUAUUCCAAAGUUUGAUUUGUUUGUGGUGUGGUGGUGGAAGAGAAAGCCUGCUGGCCGAAGAGAAAUCCGGUCUUUGAGGAGGUUAAGGCGGGUUCCCCUCUAAAUCUCUUAUCUUUCUCUCUUGAUCUUUGUGGUUCACUUGGCUUUGCUCAUUGGGUGAUCUAGUUUGCUCUCUUAGAACUUUGGGAGGAACUCUCUUGUGUGAUUACCAACAAAAAUUGAGUGAAACACGUGUGUGGGUGAGGAUAAACACCUGAGUGUGUGAGUUUUUUUUUUUAAUCUAACUUUACCUUGUUUAAGUUUUCAGGAAACCAUGGAUAGUGAAGAAGAAAGAAACCGACCCGGAAAUUCAUAUGCCGGAUUAUCUAACUUGCAAAUGCGUGCUCUCAAUGAUUCUAUGUCUAACUUGUUGAAUACAGGUUUGGAGGCGAUCCAUCAGAGGCUUGAUGAACUUCAGGGCCGACCAACUCAGUCACGAACCAGAACCAGACGUGACCAUCCAAGGAGGAACAGCCGGUCCGACCUAGAAAUCCGAGAAGAGUCUUAUGAUGAUGAUCGAUCCAUCAACCGUCCAAGGAGAGUUCCUAGGCAUCAAAACCGAGGUGAUGUCAAUCCUUUUGGUAGAAAUGAAAGAACCAAUGAUGGCUUGAGUGGUUUGAAAUUGAAAAUUCCAAGUUUUGAUGGCAAAAAUGAUCCGGAUGCUUUUCUUGAAUGGGAAAGAAAAAUUGAACUUGUGUUUGAUUGUCAAAAUUUUUCUGAUAUUAAAAAGGUUAGACUUGCUGCUGCUGAGUUUACUGGCUAUGCUAUUAACUGGUAUGAUCGAGUUGUGACUAGCAGGAGGAGAGCAGGUGAGGCGCCAGUUGAUACAUGGGAUGAGCUUUCCAUGCUGAUGCGGAGACGCUUUGUUCCCGACCAUUACCACCGAGAUCUACACCAUAAACUCAGGCGUUUGCUUCAAGGUUCUAAGUCAGUUGAGGACUAUCACCAGGAGAUGGAGACCUUGAUGAUCAAAGCUGAUGUAGAAGAGCCCUUAGACGCCACCAUGGCCAGAUUUCUUACCGGGCUCAAUCGGGACAUACAAGACCGCAUGGAGCUGGAGGACUAUGACAGCAUGGAGCAGAUGCUACACAAGGCCGUGCUGAUCGAGCAACAAGUCAAGAGAAAGGGUCUCACUAAACCGACCUUUGCCUCUAAACCGACCUUUGCUUCCAAGCCAAACUAUCAAGACAAGGGUAAGUCUUCUUCCACAACAAAUACAGCUUUUAAGACUAAUGUCCCUGCUCGUGUUGAUAGAGAAAAGAAAGAAGAGGCUACCAAACGAACCAGAGACAUCCAAUGCUUUAGGUGUCAUGGCCUUGGCCACUAUGCCAACCGAUGUCCAAACCAAAAGGUGAUGGUGCUCUUGGAGAAUGGAGAAGUCGAAUCUGAAGAAGACAAGGAGGAUCUCGGACCAGUGUAUGAUGAUGAUAAUGAGGAAGAAGCACUUGACUUCCCGGUUCAUGGUCCCCUUCUUGUUACUAGGAAAGUCUUGGACGACACCACUGAUCCCAUCUUUGAUGAGGAGGUCGAUGGAGUGAUCAAUGAGUUUUGCUCGACCUUUGUGGAGAGUUCUGAUCCGAUCUAUGAUGAGGAUGUUCUUGAAGAACCGAGCCAUGGUUCACUACUGGUUACUAGGCGUGCCUUGAGUGUCCAACCAAAAUCCAAUGACAAAGAACAAAGGGAGAAUCUCUUUCACUCUAGAUGUCUCAUUUCUGAUAAAGUUUGUUCUUUAAUCAUUGAUGGAGGUAGUUGCACUAAUGUGGCUAGUGACACCCUUGUAAAGAAACUUGGGCUUGUUACUCGGCCUCUUUCUCGUCCUUUCAGGUUGGAGUGGCUCAAUGAGGCUGGAGAACAGUAUGUGAAGGAGCAAGUCACGGUUCCACUUUCCAUUGGCCGAUAUGAGGACGAGGUUGUGUGCAAUGUGCUUCCCAUGGAUGCUUGCCAUGUUCUCUUGGGCCGGCCUUGGCAAUUUGACAAGAAGGCAGUGCAUGAUGGUUUCACAAACCGGCAUUCAUUUGAUCAUAAGGGAAAGAAGAUCACCUUGGUGCCUUUGUCGCCUUCGGAAGUCCAUCAAGACCAAGUCCAACUUAAGAAGAACCGAGACCAAGACUCUAAAGCUGAUAAACCUGAGACCAGUACCAGGAACUCCAAUUUCUUUGUCAAAGAAAGUCAGGUAAGAAAGUCUCUUUGCUCUCAAAAGCCAUUUCUCUUACUGAUUUAUAAAGAGUCUCUCUUGGCCUCAUCUUCUUCUGACCUUGCACCGGAGAUUCCGAGUGAGUUUUUAGGUAUCUUGCAGGAUUAUUCUGAUGUGUUUCCAGAAGAAAAUCCCAAAGGAUUGCCACCGGUGAGAGGCAUUGAGCAUCAGAUCGAUCUCGUUCCGGGCGCCUCUCUACCGAACCGACCAGCGUACCGCACCAAUCCGGUCGAG